GGCGCGCCCGGCCCGGGGCCGGCGGGAUCCGGUGUCGGCUGCAGCUGGCAGUGCGGCGGACGGGCGCGGGCUGCCCGGGGGGCCAGCUAUUAAUACCGCGGCCGCCCAGCCCGGGUCGCGCAGCCAUGGCCAGCCCGGAGCCCCGGCGCGGCGGGGACGGCGCCGCCGAGGCCGCGAGGAACACAAGAGCAGAGGCCACUUCUCUGCAAGAGAACUCUGAAUCCCCGUAUGAGGUGGGGACCUGGAACCCAGAAGUUACUCUGUCUUUGGAAGGGACCUUGAACUUAGAGGAUAUUCUCUACCCGGGGGACACAGGUGACUUUGAUGUGGCUAUGCAUGUGGAAGAGACCGAGAAGCCUGAGGAGACGCUGCAUAUUGAGGAGACCAGGACGCCUGAUGAGGCCCUGUAUGUGGAGGAGCCAGGAAAGCCAGAGGAGAUGCUAUAUGUGGAAGAGCCCGUGAAGCCGGGGAAGACUACAAGCCCAGAGCAGAUGGUUUAUGGGGGAGAGACAGUCCCGAGCGAGGAGAAACCUAACCCCGAGGAGAGCCUCAGAGCUGGGCCGAGUCCCAGCACAGAGGGGAGCCUGAGCACAGAGGACCUGGAAUUGCUGGAGGGGCGUUUCCAGCAGUGUGUCCAAGCCGUGGCCCAGCUGGAAGAGGAGAGGGAUCAGCUCAUCCAUGAGCUUGUGUUGCUCCGGGAACCAGCCCUGCAGGAGGUGCAACAGGUCCACCACGACAUCCUGGCUGCCUACAAACUGCACGCCCAGGCAGAGCUGGAGAGGGAUGGGCUGAGGGAGGAGAUCCGACUGGUCAAGCAGAAGCUGUUCAAGGUGACGAAGGAAUGUGUGUCCUACCAAUAUCAGCUGGAGUGCCGCCGGCAGGACGUGGCCCAGUUUGCCGAGUUCCGGGAAGUGCUGACCGCCCGGGCAGCCCAGCUCUCGGAGGAAUUAGCCCAGCUUCAGGAUGCCUAUCAGAAGCAAAAGGAGCAGUUACGGCAACAACUAGAAGCACCUCCAAGCCAGAGGGAUGGGCACUUUCUCCAGGAGAGCCGGCAGCUCUCUGCCCAGUUCGAGAACCUCAUGGCAGAGAGCCGCCAGGGCCUGGAGCAGGAGUAUGAGCCUCAGCUGCUGCGGCUCCUAGAGAAGAAAGAAGCUGCGGCCAGAGCUCUGCAGAAAACCCAGGCCGAGAUCCAGGAGAUGAAGGAGGCUCUGCGACCCCUGCAAGCAGAGGCCCUUCAGCUCCAGCUGCAAAACAGGAAUCUGGAGGACCAGACCACCCUUGUGAGGCAAAAACGAGACGAGGAUGUGCAGCAGUACAGGGAACAGCUGGAGGAAAUGGAAGAACAACAGAGGCAGCUAAGAAGCGGGGUGCAACUCCAGCAACAGAAGAACAAAGAGAUGGAGCAGCUAAAGAUCAGCCUUGCUGAAGAGCUCGCAACAUACAAGGGCUGUUUAGAAACAUAUGGCCGAAUCUGUAACCAAGAAACAACAACAAAAAACUUCUUAGCAAAGGAUCACUGAGUACCUUUGGACAUACUUUUUUCUAAACAGAGAAGGGAGGGCCAGGGAUUUGGCAAGCAGUUCACUCUGGGAAAGUUACAAAUACUGGCUGACCUGUUUAAAAAGAUUCUAGGGCUGGCUGGAGGCAGAAUACUAUCAGUCAACUCUUAGCUGGAUUCUGUUUCAUAGGCUGCUGGUACUGAUUUCAAUGCACUGAGAAAUGGAAAAAUAAGUCUCCUGUCACCCAUCAGCAACCCUCCACACGCACAAAGUAAAGGAAGAAUGUAUGGACACACCUUGCUGUAUUGUGAAGAAUGUAUCUUACCUUCUGUUGACCCAAAAGUUUUUCAGGAACACAGGUGGAGUCAGAAAGGCAGACGAUUUUCCUUAUAUUCAAGUUGACCCCUGAACAAUGUGGCGGUUAAUCUGCACAUAACUUAGUUGGCCCUCGGUAUCCGAGGUUCCUCCACAUCCACGGACUCCACCAACCACUGCAGGUAUAGUACUGUGGUAUUUACUAUUGAACAGUAUGUUGUAAGUGGACCUAUGCAGUUCAAACCCACGUUGUUCAAGGGUCAACUGUACAUGGGUUUACAAUUUGAAUUCUUUUGUGCCAUGAAUGUUAGACUUUAAUUGAAUUCCUUUACAAAGUUUACUUUUCUUUAAGUCUGUGCUGAUUCAUGUAGAUUUACUCUUGUGUCAUGGUAAUUUUCACUAUACUCUAAAAGAACUACUGGGCUUCCCUGGUGGCACAGUGGUUGAGAGUCCGCCUGCCAAUGCAGGGGACGCGGGUUCGUGUGCCGGUCCGGGAAGAUCCCACAUG